AUGGAGGAAAUUAUGGCCGCUCUUAGAAACAUACAAAAAGAUUUAGAAGAACAAAAGAUUGAAAUUCGGAAAAGCGGAGAAAAUGUAGCGGAGCUGGUUACAUUAAAUGUUAAUAAAAUAUUGGAUGAAAAAAAAAUUCUUUGGGAAGAAAACCAUGAAAAAUUAAAAGAAAAAGUGGAAAGUCAAGAGAAAAAAAUAUAUUUCCUGGAAAAACAAGCGAGGCAGAGAAAUAUUGUUUUUUUUGGAAUUAAAGAGGAUGAAACUUCAUAUGCGAACUUACAAGACAACAUAACCCGUUUUAUAAAGGAAAACUUCUCUGUGGACUUGGAUCACAGAGAUAUUCAAGAGGUAAAAAGAAUAGGGAAGAAAGGAGAGAGACCUCGCCCACUAAUUGUUACUUUCACCACACUCGGAAUGAAGAUCAACAUUUUCAAGAAAAAAGGAGUUUUAAAGGACACUGACUACUAUCUGAAGGAAGACUAUCCGCAACAAGUAUUGGAGAAGAGACGAGAACUACAAGAGCAAGUGAAAGUAGAGCAGGAGAAGGGAAAUAAAGUGAAAAUAAAAUAUGAUAAACUAGUCAUUAUUAAACCCCAUAAUAACAAAAGAUCACUUCCCAUUUCACCGGAAACCAACUCCCAACCACAAGGCGACAGUAACAGACAAGCCAACAAAAAAAAUAAGUCGCUCAACACGCACUCUACCAAGCAGCGCUCAAAUAGUAUUUCGGAUGGAGUUCUGAAACCAAGCAUGCUGAACUUUUUAGUUACAAAAAAUACAAACAAUACAACACCCAAUCAAGACAUAGAAAACAGAGAUAAGAACGCAUAGC